AUGGUUAGCAAGUCCGAUGGCAGUGGUCCGGUUACUGUAGGGUAUAGUCCCGUCCAGUAUGACAUUGUUGUCGUGAUGUUGGGUGAUGGGAAAACGAAGCUUACUGCAGCAUCUCCGAAAGAAAUCACCUUCGUCACGGCCCGAAAGAGAGACGAGGACGUUGCGUUCAGGCCCGAAGGAGAAGGUGGGGUUACUACUGGGAAGGUGCUUGUCGUCGACGCCAAUGUUGAAGUGAGGGUGCUUGGUGAAACAACCACGGAGCUUGGAAGAGACAUCGAUACAGUAGUGUCGGUCUGGAUGCUCAUAGUACCGUCAGUCAAGGUUGAGCUGCCACGCAGAAAGCUAGAGCUAGGAGUAGAGCUCGUCAUGGUAUCCGACAUCAAUAGUGUAGAGGAAGACGUUGAGUUUCUGAUUAUUGAAGACGAAGAAUUUGUACUAGGAAAUAAAGUGGGAAAUCCAGUCAAGAUACUUGAGACCAGCAUGCUGGUCAAAGGCGUACUCAAGGAGUGUAACGAUGAAGUAGAGCUCGGUGUAAGAAUCGAGUUGAGCGAAGAAGCAGACGGUACAGAGAGUGACAGGGUAGAUACUGUCGGUAGUGUGAUCGAGACGCUGUUUGCACUGCUGGUCUGUGUUGGAUUUGAACUGAUUGAAACCGAGCUACCCGAUGUGAUGCCAGAUUUUGUACCCAGCAAUGAAGUAAGAGCCCUUGAUGAUGUGCUUGAGGAACUCCCAGUACUGCUGGCCAGGCUAGGACUUGGAUUCGGUAGGCUCGAGGUGCUUGAAGACGGGCCGGCAGGAGAAGAUGUUUUCGAGGAAGAUCUUGGAAGAGACACAGUAAAGCCAUCGCUCCGCGUAUUUGGACUCAGACCAGGCAGGCUGCUCGACGGGAUGACGGAUGGGAGACUAGAAAUCGAGGGUGUGGAGAAGGUGGAUGGCAAGACAAGUGUAGAUAGCGUAGUGGCGACUGUAGAGAGUCUGCUGCUGGUAGUGAUAACGGUGGCGGAUGUAGAAAACGACGGAUAUGGUCUCUGUGGUUGGUUGAUCGGUCGAGUUAAGUCCGACGUCUCAGAUGAAGUUGGGCCCAACGGGGACAAACUCACAGACGACAAAGCCAACGAAGAAGUUAAGGGACUGCUUACAAAGACACUAGUACCGACUGACGAUCCAAAUGUAGAUCCAGAGGUCAACAACGAUAUAAACGUUGCGCCUGGUUCUGGGGUAGAAGGGUUGAAUAUCGAAAACGCAGAUGUAGUCGCCGUCUGCGUUGAUGAUGCGGUGGCAGCACCGGAGGAAGAUGUUCCUAUUGUCGACAACGAAGAAACGAUAGGUGUAAUAUCGGCAGUUCGGGUAACAAGGGUACUGAAACGACUGGGCGGCGAGAUACUGUUGAGCCACUCUGUUGUGCCGUUGAUGACGGAGAAGUAGCACAGUGACAUAGACGACGCUGCAGUUUCCAUCCAAGCCUUGAGCGGCGACUCCAGGCAGAGCUCUGAGCAGAAAAUCCAGUACGACGUAGAAGCCAGCGAUAGCCAAGCCAACCAAAACUAA